GCCGCCGCGGCAGCCGUCGUCUUUCUCUGUCUCGACUGAGGCAGCCAUCUUGCUCUUGCCGCGUGCUGGUGUCGGAGGACCUUUCCUGCUUCAGAUUUACCAACAGCAUGAAUCAAGAAAAGUUAGCCAAACUUCAGGCUCAGGUCCGGAUAGGGGGCAAGGGUACAGCUCGCAGAAAGAAGAAGGUGGUACAUAGAACAGCUACAGCUGAUGACAAAAAACUUCAGAGUUCGUUGAAAAAACUGGCUGUGAAUAAUAUAGCUGGUAUUGAAGAGGUGAACAUGAUUAAAGAUGAUGGGACAGUUAUUCAUUUCAACAAUCCCAAAGUCCAAGCUUCCCUUUCUGCUAACACCUUUGCAAUUACUGGUCAUGCAGAAGCCAAACCAAUCACAGAGAUGCUACCUGGAAUAUUAAGUCAGCUUGGUGCUGACAGCUUAACAAGUCUUAGGAAAUUAGCUGAACAGUUCCCUCGGCAAGUGUUGGAUAGCAAAGCACCAAAACCAGAAGACAUUGAUGAGGAGGAUGAUGAUGUUCCUGAUCUCGUAGAAAAUUUUGAUGAGGCAUCAAAGAAUGAAGCUAACUAAAAUCUUUUCUGGUUUUUGGAAGCUGGCAUGGACUAGAUUCAACAAAUCAGCUAUGUGGUUCCAAAGUUUUACAGACACGGAGAACAUCAACUGUUACUAGUUCAGUAAUAUAAAUAUUUUGUAUAUUAAUAAUGCUGUUUGUUCAGCAUUUUUUGGUCAUUUGAUUUUGCAUUUUGCACUUCCUCCCAGGAUCUGUUCUUUUGGUCAAAAUACGAAGUAUUGGUGCAGUUUGAGGGGGUUUUGGUUUUUGAUUCUUGUUUUUUUGGUUUUUUUUUUGUUGGGGUAUUUUUGGUGUGUGUAUGUGUAUGUUUGUGUGUGGGUAUGUGUGUAUACAGUGGAGAGCAAAUUGGAAAACAUUCUAUUUAUCCUCCUCCUUGCCCCAGUAGAAAUAAAACAAAUCUUUACGUUU